CGGUGCAUUUUCCCAGUUCCCUUUUAAAUGACUGCGGAAAAACAGACUCUCCGAGUCGCAAAUGGGAAGACGGAUUCUCAGACAAGGCUUGCGGAUGCCCCGCGGCCAUCAUUUAACUGCGCCCGCAGAGCAGUUACGGUUUGUCACUCGACCCUCCCGGAUCGCCUCGUUUGUCCCUAGUGAGACCCCGAGGCUCUGCCCGCGCCGGGCUUCUCAAUAGCUGGAUGCAUGUCGUGCUCUGGGCAGCGCGGGCGCAGGGCACGCGUUCGCGCACACCCGCGCACACACGAAAACGCGCAAGAGCUGAACCGAGACGGGUUUCCAUUUCCAAAAAGGAGACUGCCUCUAUCCCGAUUUUACAAGAGACCGCGGUGUGAAUUAGGGACUGGGAGGCGUCAUAGAGGAGGAACAGUCCAUCUCAGAGACUAAUUUUCUGGAGUUUCUGCCCCUGCUCUGCGUCAGCCCUCACGUCACUUCGCCAGCAGUAGCAGAGGCGGCGGCGGCGGCGGCGGCGGCGGCUCCCGGAAUUGGGUUGGAGCAGGAGCCUCGCUCGCUCCUUAGCUCGCGCUCUCCGAGCUCCGUGCCCAGCGGCAGGAGGAGCCUGGACCCAGGCGCCGCUGGCGGGCGGUAGGCGCCGGAGCCCGGGUGAGCAGCGCGGACAGUGCCUUCUGUCAUCUCGGCCUCACUGUCCCCCCUGGGGCGGCCGCGGCGGCUCCCCAGCCCCGAGGUGCGUCCCGGAUCCCAGUGCGCGUCUAGGAAGGAGCCUGCGUCCCAGAGCGUCCCAGGAGCGCGGCCGCCCGGUGCUCGGCUCCCCGGCCAUGCAGCGGCGGCCGAGGCGCAGCUCCCAGAGACGGUAGCGCCCCCUGUGAGGAGGCCCGAAAUGCCCCUGCCACUGUGAACCCGCCAGGACGCGCUCAGCUCCGGACACGCUCGGCUCUGCGCGCCUGCGAGGAGCACCGAGUGGAGAGAGAGCGGCAGGCGCAGCAAAGGCCGCCCAGCACCGGCAGGGGAGGCCGGCCGGUGCGGUUCAGGGACACGUACUCAGUCUGACUCGAGCUGGCACUGGUGGCUAGGAAUGUCGUCCUGGACGAGGUGGCAUGGGCCUGCCAUGGCGCGGCUCUGGGGCUUCUGCUGGCUGAUUGUGGGCUUCUGGAGGGCCGCUCUUGCCUGUCCCACAUCCUGCAAAUGCAGCGCCUCUCGGAUCUGGUGCAGCGACCCUUCUCCUGGCAUCGUGGCAUUCCCGAGGUUGGAGCCUUCCACUGCAGACCCUGAGAACAUCACCGAAAUUUAUAUUGCAAAUCAGAAAAGAUUAGAAAUCAUCAAUGAAGAUGAUGUUGAAGCUUAUGCAGGACUGAAAAAUCUGACCAUUGUGGAUUCCGGAUUAAAAUCUGUGGCUCAUAAAGCAUUUCUGAAAAAUAGCAACUUACAGCACAUCAAUUUUACCCGAAAUAAACUGACGAUUUUGUCUAGGAAACAUUUUCGUCACCUUGAUUUGUCUGAGCUGAUCCUGGUGGGCAAUCCAUUUAGAUGCUCCUGUGACAUUAUGUGGAUCAAGACUCUUCAGGAAACUAAGCCCAGUCUAGAAACUCAGGAUUUGUACUGCCUGGAUGAAAACAGCAAGAAUAUUUCCCUGGCAAACCUGCAGAUACCCAAUUGUGGUUUGCCGUCAGCAAAUUUGGCCGCCCCAAACCUCACCGUGGAGGAGGGAAAGUCUAUCACGCUAUCUUGUAGUGUUGCAGGUGAUCCAGUUCCGAAUUUGUACUGGGAUGUCGGUAAUCUGGUUUCCAAGCACAUGAAUGAAACAAGCUACACACAGGGCUCCUUAAGGAUAACUAACAUUUCAUCUGAUGACAGUGGAAAGCAAAUCUCUUGUGUGGCAGAAAAUCUCGUAGGAGAAGAUCAAGAUUCUGUCAACCUCACUGUACAUUUUGCUCCAACUAUCACAUUUCUCGAAUCUCCAACCUCAGACCACCACUGGUGCAUUCCAUUCACUGUGAAAGGCAACCCCAAACCAGCGCUUCAGUGGUUCUAUAACGGGGCAAUUUUGAAUGAGUCCAAAUACAUCUGUACUAAAAUCCAUGUUACCAAUCACACGGAGUACCACGGCUGCCUCCAGCUGGAUAAUCCUACUCACAUGAACAAUGGGGACUACAAGUUAGUGGCCAAGAAUGAGUAUGGGAAGGAUGAGAAACAGAUUUCUGCUCACUUCAUGGGCUGGCCUGGAAUCGAUGACGGUGCAAACCCAAAUUAUCCUGAUGUAAUUUAUGAAGAUUAUGGGACUGCAGCGAAUGAUAUUGGGGACACCACCAACAGAAGCAAUGAAAUCCCUUCCACAGAUGUUGCUGACAAAACUGGUCGAGAACAUCUCUCGGUCUACGCUGUGGUAGUAAUUGCAUCGGUAGUGGGGUUUUGUCUGCUGGUAAUGCUGUUUCUGCUGAAGUUGGCAAGACACUCCAAGUUUGGCAUGAAAGAUUUCUCAUGGUUUGGAUUUGGGAAAAUAAAAUCAAGACAAGGUGUUGGCCCAGCCUCGGUUAUCAGCAAUGAUGAUGACUCUGCCAGCCCUCUCCAUCACAUCUCCAAUGGGAGUAACACCCCAUCAUCUUCAGAGGGCGGUCCUGAUGCUGUCAUUAUUGGAAUGACCAAGAUUCCUGUCAUUGAAAAUCCCCAGUACUUUGGCAUCACCAACAGUCAGCUCAAGCCAGACACAUUUGUUCAGCACAUCAAGCGACAUAACAUUGUUCUGAAAAGGGAGCUAGGCGAAGGAGCCUUUGGAAAAGUGUUCCUAGCUGAAUGCUAUAACCUCUGUCCUGAGCAGGACAAGAUCUUGGUGGCCGUGAAGACGCUGAAGGAUGCCAGUGACAACGCCCGCAAGGACUUCCACCGCGAGGCUGAGCUGCUCACCAACCUCCAGCACGAGCACAUCGUCAAGUUCUAUGGCGUCUGCGUGGAGGACGACCCGCUCAUCAUGGUCUUUGAGUACAUGAAGCACGGGGACCUCAACAAGUUCCUCAGGGCACACGGACCUGAUGCCGUGCUGAUGGCCGAAGGCAACCCGCCGACGGAGCUGACACAGUCACAGAUGCUGCACAUCGCCCAGCAGAUCGCCGCGGGCAUGGUCUAUCUGGCGUCCCAGCAUUUUGUGCACCGAGACCUGGCCACCCGGAACUGCCUGGUGGGUGAGAACCUCCUGGUGAAGAUCGGGGACUUUGGCAUGUCCCGGGACGUGUAUAGCACUGACUACUACCGGGUCGGUGGCCACACGAUGCUGCCCAUCCGCUGGAUGCCUCCAGAGAGCAUCAUGUACAGGAAGUUCACCACAGAGAGUGACGUCUGGAGCCUGGGGGUCGUGUUGUGGGAGAUCUUCACAUACGGCAAACAGCCCUGGUACCAGCUGUCCAACAAUGAGGUGAUUGAAUGCAUCACUCAGGGCCGAGUCUUGCAGCGACCUCGAACAUGCCCCCAGGAAGUCUACGAGCUGAUGCUGGGGUGCUGGCAGCGAGAGCCCCACAUGAGGAAAAACAUCAAGGGCAUCCACACGCUCCUUCAGAACUUGGCCAAGGCAUCUCCCGUCUACCUGGAUAUUCUAGGUUAGGGCCCUCUCCCCACACCCAUCCUUCCCAAAGCACCUCCUCAGAUGGGCCGAGAGGACGCACGUCGUGUAAGUGCCGCUGGAUGCCAUCAACCUGCUGUUCUUCACUCUUGACAGUAUUAACUGCAAAGACACCGAGAAGCUUUCCGAGGGAAGCAACGUGUUCUCCACCCGUAGACACAGUCUGGACUUCUUUUUGGCAUUCUCUCUUUCUCUUUUUCCAUCUCCCUGGGUUUAUCCCCUAAUUUUUCUUUCCUUCUUUUUUUGUCUUCUCUGCUUCACAGCCCUUACCCUUUCUUCUUCUUCUUCUUCUUCUUCUUUUUUUAAAAUCAAUCUGGCUUCUGCAUUACUAUGAACUCUGCAUAGACAAAGGCCUUAACAAACCUAAUUUGUUAUAUCAGCAGACACGCCGGUUUGCCCACCACAACUAACAAUGCCUUGUUGUAUUCCUGCCUUUGAUGUGGAUGAAAAAAAGGGAAAACACAUAUUGGACUUCAACUUUGUCACUUCUUGCUGUACAGACAUCGAGCGUUUCUAUGGAUUCACUUCUAUUUAUUUAUACUUAUUACUGUUCUUCUUGUUUGGGGAUGGCUUAAGCCUGGGUAUGAACAAGGAAGACUGGUGUUCCAUCUGGGAAGACUUUUAUCUGUGGGAGAUGAAAACCAGAGAGAGAGAGAGAGAGAGAGAGGAUUUAUGAUAAACCACAGUCUGGGAGGAACAAAGACCACCCUUGGGAUCGGCUGGUGUUGAUCCCAACCUAAGGAAAAGCCAGCGACUGUUGGCUGGCAGGAGUGUGUUCAGCACCUUCCCUGAGACCUUUCUGAGGAGUCCCAAGACUGUGGACCUCUGUACGGUGGACUCUUCUUUCCCAUCACUGGAAACACUGGUGUGAAUGACGGCCAAAGGAUGGCUUCCGGGAGGCAGGAGGGCGCACCACACGUUCCGAGCGUCUUGUCUUUGGAGGCCGUGGUGAUGGCCCUGGUUCGAUUUUCCAGGUGUCAUCCCCUGAGCCUUUGGCAGGUUCCGUCGAAAAAUAGGUGGAAUCUGGUCCAGCGAUCAUUUCAGGGUCAGGUGGGAAAGCCAAGGACUUGGAAACAGUAGGACGCGCUAUCCAUUGGGAGGCAAGUGUCUCUCACCUUGGACUUUUCAGAUAGCGCGUCCCUCCGACCCCGCCCUCCACCCCACCGGUCCCCUUAACUGUGCAAGCAAAAUUGUGCAUGGUCUUCGUCGAUUUAAUACCUUGUGUGCAGAAACUACCGCUCCAGACGUCGUGCCCCUGUUAUGUAGAGCAGAUCCCAUAAAAAGGUAUACCUUAUAUAAUUAGGGGAAGCUAAUGGAAUUCAUUAGCUGAGUAGAAAUGUCUCUGGGUCAUAUGGUGGUGAUGGGUUUUAACGAAUAGGGACCCUGAAACCUGGAUAUCCUCGCCCACGUCUCGCCCACUGAGGGACUGUGGGAAGGGCCAAAUCAACCCCCUGGAGGGAAAGGAAACCUCGCCGCCCCCCAAGGGGUCUCACCUGCAUCGAUGUUCAGUGUACACAGGCCAAGACCUUGCUCUGGGCUCUGGUUGGCAGAGUGGUUUCAUACCAAGUGUACUCCGUUGUCAAUCCGCUGUUUUGUUUUCUUCACUCCAUUUAAAAAAAGGAAAAAUAAAAAAAAUGAGACACAGCCUACCAAUGGGAGGCUACGCCCAGACCAAGCGUUAGAGGUGUGCUUCUGGGCAUAGUCAUGGGUUUGGGGAAAAGAGGUUGUAAAUUUAACUAGAAAUUUAUCAUUAUCUGGGUGAUCAGUUCUACCAAGGAAGAAACAAUGUUUUUCUGUUCCUCAAGAAAACUUGCUACCCUCUGUGAGGGGAAUUUUGCUAACCGGACAUCUUUCUAACAUGAGCCAGAUUGAAAGGGAGUGAUUCGAAUUCAACUUAGGUCAUUUUAUUUCCUAUUUGUUUCUGAAGGUGCAAUGGCUCUAUUUGGGUUUGGCCUGCGUCCUGAAUUACUGGAGCACCUUAGUUUCCAUUCUAGGCAGGGAAAGCCAGUUCUCAAAACAAAACAAAACAAAAAAAAACAAAAACAAAAACAAAAAGUGUCCAUUAACAGAGAACAAAAGGAGAUCCAUUCGCAUCUGCUGUCAAGUGAAGGGGGUUGGACCAAGAAGAUGAACUCUGUAGUCCUUUUGAGUUCUGUCCUGGCCUCUGAGAUAUGUGUGUUGAAUUGUUUCCUUGGUUGGUGGGGAAAAAAAAAAAUCCUCCAGAGUAUACAUAAUAAUCUAACGAAAGCCAUAUUUCCAUGAUAUAUACCUGCACGUAUAUAUCCUAUUAAGGACCCAUGGUACUGCUAAAACACCUUGGCACCCUGUGAAGCAGUAAGAAGAGGCAGAUUUGUACACAACUUUUUCGUUUCCAUAAGUGACAACCUGAAAACCCACGCAGGUUCGUCCUUCUGUGCGACGGGCCAGCUGCUCUGGGGGAAGAAGCUGCAAGUUAUUUGUUUUCGCAGAGAGCAAAGGAGAUAAUACUCUAAGGGAUCACAUUCAAGGAGGACUGUGCAGUUUUAGAGCAAGGAUUUGUUUAUGAGGGAAUGAGACUACUCCCUAUCCCGGUGUUAUCUUUUCCUCUGAAGGCAAAAAAAAAAAAAAAAAAAAAAAAAUUCUCUACCUUCUGACAAGUCCCUCAAGGUCUUGAAAUCAAAGGUUCUACGCAAGUGCAAAGUUUUAUAGUUAUUUAUAUUGCUGAUUACUAUUAAUUUUUUCCCCUCUGUUGUCUCAAGCGUAUGCACUGAUUGCAGAGAUGUUUUGCAUUCAAAACACCCCAGAUCGCUUUGAAAGGAGCCGAGCGAACCACAGACUAUCUUCAAGUCUCCAUCCCUGCUCCACCACAACUCCCUCUCUUCCUCAUGCUCUUGUAAUUUUCAGAAAAGGGGCAUCGUUGUUCUGCAAUGUAAAGAUCACAGGAUAGGACCUGCCAUCAAAUGCGUUAAGAACUACAACGGGAGUGGUGGUGAUACACCUAACUCUCCAGCCCAAACUCAGUCUGACAGUUGUUUCCAUUUAUAUAUCCUGUUUAAUAGUUUUCCGAACACUUUUCACAUAUGGUGGCACAUCGUUCCCAUUUUUUUACAGGUGAGGACAUUGAGAUGCAGAGAAAUUAAACAUGCUAGAACUCUCCAGGCACCUCUGGGACUUAAUCUGGGUCCUCUUACCCUCAAACAUAUACAAACACACAGUCCAGGAAAGCAAGCACGCUAACAAAUUCCUAAAGCAGAAUAUGAGGUUGGAAGAGCAGAAUGCAAUAUGUGAGAUGACAAGCAGUUGAGAUGUCAUGCUGUGUAAUCGUGAUCACGGCUUCAGCUAAAUUCUUGUCCCCUACCCUGGCAUCAUCAGGCUUCUUUAGAGAGCAUUUUGAACUAUGCUAUAAAAGAUUAUAUCAGCAUUCAUAUUAUGUGCUCCCAUGGGCGCUCCCUGUGGUGUUUCCAUAUAUCCACAUAAGUGUUAUAAAUACUUGAUUUAUACAUAGACAAACACACAUGUAUAGUGUGUGAGCUUAUGUAUAAAUGUAUAGGCACACAGAUUAAUAGAGAUCAUCAUACAUAGGGUGCAAUAUGAAUAAUUUGCUUCAAAUCUGCUAAAUAGAAUUUCCCAUUGUGGUGCAGCAGAAACGAAUCUGACUGGUAUCCACGAGGUUGAGGGUUCGAUCCCUGCUCAGUGGGUUAAGGAUCCGGCAUUCCCCUGAACUGCGGUGUAGGUCACAGAUGAUGCUCAGAUCUGAGGUUGCUGUGGCUGUGGUACACCAGCAGCUACAGCCCCAGUGUGACCCUUAGCCUGGAAACUUGCAUAGGCCAAGGGUGCGGCCCUUAAAAAAAAAAAAAAAAAAGGGGGAAAAAAAUCUGCUAAAUCACCAAAACCUUUUAAGGUUAUGUUGCUGUUAGUGCUUCCAUUCUCCCUGUGGGUAACACUCCGUCACACUUUUCAAGUCUGCAAAGUACCGCCCGGGGGGAAGAUAUAUUGAAAAUGAUGCGCUUCCCCCAAACAACUGAAUCAAAGCCAUCCCACGACAUCGAGUCCUUUCUCUGGCUCCUUACAAAGGGAAAUGCAGCCUGAAAUAGAUCUCCUUGUGUAAAGACCCAAAAAAGGAAAAUUGAUUAAAAAAAAAAUCGUUUCACACAUUUAUUAGUAUCACACUCAUCUUGUCCCACUGUGACCCCUUUGCACUUGUAUUUAGAGCCCAAGUAUUCCAGCAGAGACCUGGAGUGUUGGGAGCCCAGGGCCCUGAAGGCCAAUGAUGAGAUUCCGAGACCCCAUGGCAAGGCAGGCGAUGCUUGGGUAAUUCCCGUAUCUUAGCAGAAUGCAAGAGACAAGGAUGUAAAAUGCUCUUCUUUGCAAAGAGCCACCACCACAGGAUCCCCUGGUCAGGAAUAGACUUUUUUUUUUUUUUUUUAAUGUUUCCUUUUGUCAAUGGGACCACCUAUCAUGUCAACAACAGUAAAUUGUCUGUCCAAUUAAAUGACUGCAGACACACAUACCAAUUCUCAAUUCUCUUGCUCUCUCUCCUUUUUUUUUUUUUUUUUUUUUUUUUUUUUUUUUUUUUCCCAUUCGAGGACUUUUGUUUCCAACGUUGAGCUUUUGUUUGGCCCUCUAUCACUGUGGCAGAAAAAUCUCACCAAAAGGAGGAUGGUCCGGGACCCAACUCCUCAGAUGUCGAAGGGAGCAUGAAAGAAAGUUCUUCACAAUCCAUAAUGGUAGGCUGCAGAGACUCCGAGGUGAAGACAACCAAUGGUUUUCUAAAGAAUUAGGGGUGGGAGGGGUGAGUAAUUAACUAUGACAGCAUAGGAAGGGGUAUAUUCUUGUGGUCAGGGCUGGAAUGAAUCGCUGCUGCUAUGAGUCAAAGGUUCUCCGAUAUAUCCUUAGUUUUUGUAGUUUUCCCUUUUUUUUUUCCCCUUUUCCCUUUAUUUAUUUAUGUAUUUAUUUAUUUAUAUACAUAUAUAUUUUUUUGCUCCAUUCAUCACAAACACAAAGCAAAGCAAAAAAAAAAAAAAAUAUAUAUAUAUAUAUAUAUGUAUACGUGUUGCAGGCAAAACACUGUGAAUUUCACAACAGCAACCAAGCAACUCUUUUGCCAUCUUAACAUAACGUCUCAGGAGACGCAAUGGGAAAACAUGGGAUGUUAUUUUUUUAGUCUAUGCAUUCUAGGCCGGGUCUGUGUUUGUUUUAUUUCUUUGGUCUGUGCAUUAAUGAAAAUGAUCCUGAGUGAAGGUUGGCUGAAGGCCCAACAUACUGGAGCCAGCGGAAUAAAAGCUGCUAAUCGCCACAGGUUUGAACUGGAAAAAAAGAAAUUCGGAGAAAAUGAAAUGUAAAGGCCUACAUCUUGCAGCUUGUAUAUCUUACUACUGCUUUAAAAAAAAUGUAUUAAAACAGCUGGAAAUGUUUUCAAUACAAGGUCUUUGAAUUAAAUGUGGAUUUUAAAUAUAUAAUCCCUUGACAAAUGACCAAAUUAUGAACUCUCGCUCCCUGCGUUCAUUGAUCAUGACCUGUCACUUACAAAUCUGCCUAGAGAUGUGGACACUCUAUGCAUUUGCUUCUGUACAUGGAGAGAUGUUUGUAUAUACCCGGGCCGUAUCCACACACAUAUUUCAAUAUCUCUCUGAAGAUAUAUUGCCCCUUAAAUUGUGACCUGGUAUUUGAAACUCUCUCUUUAUUUGCUUUCCUUUCCUUUUAAUGUGAUGUUUCUGUGCUGAUACUUACUGGUUCUUGUUUUGCAAUCUGUUUUGAGGUCCGUUGCUUUAUUAAGCCCCUCUGCAUCUUGGCUGAUUUCAAAGUGACACCAGAAUCUCAGUGUUUAAAAACAAAAACAAAAAAGUUUUGUUUGUAAAUCAUGUGACCAGCUUCUCUCAACCUGACAUGGAAAGUCUCUUGUACUACAGUGUAUUUAAUAAAAAUGAUGUCUUACAAUAAAUAACAUCCUCCAAAAGAGACACUAAAA